ACAUGAGCUUGAAGACGAUGCUCUCCUGCCUGACAGACCUUUGAUGUCACCUGCCAUAAAUCUCAUACAUCUAUCAAUCGUCGCCGCUUAUAUAAACCUACUUAUAAUCCGGCAUCUAUAUAACAAAUCUAAACGAAGACACCGCUAUUUCGAUGUACUCCUGCCGCUCAAUAACCUGACAUCCUCCAGCAGCAGCCAUGUUUAAACGAUCGCAACCUUCCCAUGUGACGGUCCUGAUGAGGAAGUAACUGUGUUUCAAAACCUAGUAAGCUGCCUAGCUAGACAGCAGUUAGGGUCUUCUAGUCAGCGGACUCGCAAAGAUCUUAAGAUGCCGUAAUAUGCUGCCUAGGUAGGUGUCUGAGUAGGUUGUGAGACACAGACAGUGCAUUUCUUAUGACGCGCUGUGUGGCUGUUCAAGGGGAGAAAUUAUUAUUCAUAUCGUAGGACAAGACUCGUUAUUUCAUAUAUAUAUGAAAAUUCACUAUUUUAACUUAUUUGUUUUUAGUUCAUUACAUUUUGUUGGGAAAAUACACAACACAGCAACGAGGUUCUAACACAUUGCUUGGUAUUUUUAUGACAGUUCUCAGAGUUGAUUCGUCUGCUGUGUUCGCACUUAAUUUAAAACUUUUACAGAGAUAUUUUUUUCCCAAAGACAUUACGUUUACGCUGAUAUGUUGUAUCUCAGUUAACUUGCAGGUUUUCAGGGUUUUAUGCUGUUAUUUUGAUGCAAUGUCCGGGGUGUAAUUUAGGGGUGUAACCUUUCUUUUACUGUCUAUGGGUGUAACUCACGCGCCGCUAGAUCACAGUUAUGAAGGUUUUGUUUAGAUCAAGAGUAAUUGGCAGUCGAUUUUAUAGGCAAGUAUCUGGAAGCGUAAUAAGGCGCACUCAGAUUAAGAAAGUGCUGUGUGUUGCUGAGAAAAACGAUGCAGCUAAGGGCAUAGCAGAGAUCAUGUCAAAUGGGAGGUGGAGAAGAAGAGAAGGCUACUCUGUUUACAACUACAUAUAUGAGUAUAAAUACAACCUGUUUGGUCAAAAUGUGGUUGUAAGCAUGACAUCUGUAUCAGGACAUCUCUUGAAUCUUGAAUUCAAAGGGCCUUUUCAGAAAUGGCAUAGUUGUAAUCCAGUCCUCUUGUUUGAUGCUGAGGUGGAGAAGUACUGCCCUGAGAACGUUAUACCGAUCAAAAGGACUUUGGAGAGAGAGGUGAGAGAGUGUCAAGCUCUGGUCAUUUGGACUGAUUGCGACAGAGAAGGAGAAAAUAUCGGCUUUGAGAUCAUUGGUGUUUGCAAAGCAGUGGAGCCAAAUGUUCAGGUCUUCCGUGCACGGUUCUCUGAGAUCACCCCAAACUCCAUAAGGAGAGCCUGUGAGACCCUUACUGAGCCGGACAUCAACGUCAGUGAUGCGGUGGAUGUGAGACAGGAGCUGGAUCUCCGCAUCGGAGCAUCAUUUACCAGGUUCCAGACAUUGCGCUUGCAGAAGAUUUUCCCAGAAUCUCUCUCUGAUCAGCUCAUCAGUUAUGGCAGUUGUCAGUUCCCGACCCUUGGCUUUGUGGUAGAGCGGUUUAAAGCCAUUAAAGCCUUCACCCCUGAAACUUUCUUUAAAAUCAAAGUUGUCCAUGAGCCUAAUGAAGAAGAAUCGGUUGAAUUCAGCUGGAAAAGACAUCGUCUUUUCAAUCACACUGCAUGCCUUGUGUUUCAUCAUAUGUGCAUAAAGGAUCCCAUGGCAAAAGUUAUAUCUGUAACAAGUAAACCAAAAAGCAAACUCCGACCUUUACCCCUUGACACUGUGGAACUUGAAAAACUGUCUUCAAGAAACCUGGGGAUAAGUGCCAAUAAAACGAUGAAAAUCGCAAGAAAGCUGUACUCUCAAGGGUUCAUCAGUUAUCCUCGUACUGAGACCAACAUUUUUCCACAGAACCUGAACCUAACCAUGCUGGUUCAGCAGCAGACACAAGACAAGGAAUGGGGAAAUUUUGCUCAGCGCAUUUUGGAAAGCGGUGGGCCCACACCUCGAAAUGGAAACAAAUCAGAUCAGGCCCAUCCUCCCAUUCACCCCAUCAAAUACACUAACAGUUUACAUGGAAAUAAAAAGCUGCUGUAUGAGUUCAUUGUACGUCACUUUCUGGCCUGUUGCUCCAAAGAUGCACAGGGUCAAGAGGCGACGGUCGAGAUUGAAAUAGCAGAAGAGAGAUUCUCUGCUAGUGGAUUGACGAUCAUUGCUCGCAAUUAUCUGGAAGUGUACCCUUAUGACAAGUGGUACAAUAAGUUUAUUCCAUCAUAUACAGCUGACACCACGUUCCAGCCCACAGCGAUUGAGAUGGUGGAAGGACAGACCAGUCCACCACAGCUUCUGACAGAGGCCGAUUUGAUAUCGCUAAUGGAGAAACAUGGCAUUGGUACUGAUGCAACACAUGCUGAACACAUUGAGACCAUAAAGAGUCGCAAGUAUGUAGGGUUGAUAGCUGACCAGAGGUUCCUUCCUGGAAAACUUGGCAUGGGUCUCGUUGAAGGGUAUAACUCAAUGGGGUAUGAGAUGUCUAAACCAGACCUGAGAGCAGAGCUGGAGGCGGACCUUAAACUUGUGUCAGAGGGCAGAAAGGACAAAACUUCUGUCCUCAGUUAUCAUGUGGCAAAAUACAAGGCUGUUUUUAUUGAGUCCGUGAGGAUGGCAAAAAAAUUGGAUGAGGCUUUGUCAAAUUAUCUGGGGCCUGCUCAGGAGAUUACCGAACAGGAGCAAGGAGAAAUGGAGAUACCAUUACCAGUGCGAAAGUGUCCUCAGUGUAACCGUGACAUGGUGCUGAAGAAGAAGAAAGACAGCACAGGGAUGUUUCUUUCAUGCAUGGGAUAUCCAGCUUGUAAAGCAGCCGUAUGGUUUCCAGACACAGUUCUGGAGGUCAAGAGAGAUGAAAGCGUUUGUCCAACUUGCCGUCCACAUCCAGUGCAUAUGCUUAAGUUUAAAUUCAGGAGGGGAAGUUUGCCACCUAUGAUGCCCCUUGAAUUUGUGGGAUGCAUCGGAGGAUGUGAUGAGACUCUCAAAGACAUCUUAAACACGAAGUAUAUCCGAAGAGGACAAGCAGAUUCUGGCUCUCGGGCACAUACCAGCUCUGGAUCAAAUCAGCAUCAUGUACCUAGAACCACCUCAGCACCUCCAUCCAGUGUGGAGAAUGUUAGACCUCCAGCAGCCACUCUGCCACCUCCACGGGCAGCACGACCACCAGUUUCAGCCCAGGGCAGUGCCGUUGUGUGUAACUGUGGUCAGAAUGCCAUUCUUCUCACUGUUUGCAAAGAGGGUCCCAAUCGAGGCCGUCAGUUCUACAAGUGCAACACAGGAGACUGUAAGUUCUUCCUGUGGGCUGAUCUUCCGGCUGAGCAAGCACCAACCGGAGGGAGCAGAGGACCCCUGAGACAGAAUUCUAAGCCUCCCAGGCCCUCAACUGGCUUUGGCAAUGUACCUGGAGGUGAUGAUGGUGAAACUGUGUGUAACUGUAAUGAGCCUGCAGUGACCAGGACCGUCAUGAAAGAUGGACCAAACAAGGGACGAAUGUUUCACACCUGCGGGAAACCACGUGAUCAGCAGUGUGGGUUCUUCCGGUGGGCAAACCAAAAUGUGGCUCCAGCCACAGAUUUCUCUGGAGGAAAUGGUGCCAGACAUCCUGGGAACAAAAAGGCCAGCACUACCUCAAACAAACCUCCCACUGCCAAAAGGCCAAGAACCUGUGGAAUAUGUCAUGAGCCGGGUCAAUGUCCACAGGGCAGAUUAAAAUAAAUGGUUCAUGCAAUUUUUGUAAAAUGAAAAAUACGUAUAUUAAUGAAAUCAAUCUUAUCAAAUGUAUAUUUUAAAUAUGUAUACUAAAUUGUAUUGUGGAAAAUAGUUAUUUUAAGGGGAGAAACUGCAGGCAAAAAC